UCGAUCUCUAGUUAUGCUCAAUUUGUCAAGCAACAAUUUUAGUGGACACAUUCCAUCAUCUUUGGGGAAUCUAAUUGAGCUUGAAUCAUUGGACCUAUCUAACAAUGAGCUUUCUGGUAAAAUCCCUCAGCAAUUGACAUCUCUCACUUUUCUUGGGUAUUUAAACUUCUCUCAGAAUCAACUUGUGGGUCCAAUACCACAAGGAGGACAAGUUCAAACAUUUCCAGAUUCUUUUGAGGGUAAUAUGGGAUUGUGUGGUAUUCCAUUGUCCAGAAAAUGUGAAACUCCCAUACCAUCUUCUAAUGAUCACUACAAUGAGAAAUCAGAUUUCAUUUCUGGUUUUGGAUGGAAAGCUGUAGUGAUAGGAUAUGGAUGUGGACUUCUGAUUGGAAUGGUGGCUGGACAUGUAAUCAGCUCAAGGAGGCCAGAUUUGUUUUUCAAAGUUUUUGGGGUGAGACUGCCGAGGAGAAACUGAAAUGAAUUGGAGCAUAGUUGGAUGCACUUGAGACUGCAAUAAGCUUUUUCUUUUAUUAAGUGUCUUUUAUGUAUUAAUUGUCUUUUAAUAUGUAAAAGUUGUGGUUAUGGCAAGUUUGCAAUAAGUUUAAUGUGUAACUGUUGUGUUUGUGGCAAAACUGUGUAAUCUUCAUUUGGUUAUAAUAAGU